UUGACGUUCGGAUUAAAUUUAAAUAUGUUCUUCCUCUGCUUAAUGCGUUCCCCAGACCUGCAAGUCUUUGAGUUUUGACUACUCUUGCUAGGCAAGUCAACAAUUGAUUCGGUUAAUGCGUUUGCAUGCGAACGCGUCAAGCUUUAAAGCCACCAGCACCAGGGAUUUCAAUUUUUAACACCAUGAAACCGACCUCCCCGUCUAUUAGAUGCAGCUGCUAGACUCUAGCUUUGCCCAACUUAAUAACCAUUCAUGAUUCGUGAAUCAAAGCUGAUCAAGCUUAGAGUCAACUUAUGUUCGAUCCAAUUGAACCCAAUGACAAGGGAAGAAACAAGGUCAAAAGCAGUGACAAAAGCCCAUUUAAUAAAAGCAGUUAAACCGACUUUUUUAUUUUUUCUUUUUGCAAACUUCUUUAUGCAUUUCUUUCCAUAAGAGGCAGUCAACUACCACAACGAGAGAACUGUCUCAACUCCCGCCAGAUAUUGCACCCACUCCAACCACCUAAAGAAAACGAACCCAUUUUCUCAAUCAUAUUUAGAAUCCCAAAAUCCUCCCUGGAAGUGGAAAGAAGAAAAAAAAAAGAUGGGGAGAGUUUCUUCAACAAGUGAAAUGGCAGAGAAGGUUUCUUGGCACUGUGCUUUGUUCAUGGCAGUGAUGCUAAUAUUGAGCUGCUGCUGCGAAGAAUCAAGUGGAAAGGAUUACAGGGGUAAGGAAGUGCUAGUGCUGCAGCAGAAGAACAAGCCAUGCGAUGAAAUAUAUGUAGUUCGAGAAGGAGAGACUUUGCAGACCAUCAGCGAAAAAUGUGGGGAUCCUUUUAUUGUUGAAGAGAAUCCUCACAUACAUGACCCAGAUGAUGUUUUCCCUGGCCUUGUCAUCAAAAUCACUCCUUUUAACAACAGGUAGAGGUUAAUUCAUUAUUAGUAGACCCCUUCUUUGCUUAACUAAGUUAUUUUGUAUUCUGGCCAUUAAAAAAAUUCAGUUAUUUGUGGUAAGUGUAUUUUCUUCGAAUUAUAAAAUUUCAAUCAAAAUUUUAUUGUUUCGACUUUAGAGUUUGUUUCGAUUUUAUUGUAGAAGAGCACAUUGCAAUAG